GAGCCGCAUUACUUUGUAAAAUAUUUCUGGGCAGGUAAACAUGACUAUGAAUCCACCCAAGAUGAAGACGUCGAUAACUUCUAAUGAAAGGCUGAAAACCCUGAAAAAGGCUUUUGAAACAAAGUUUGGAGAAUCUCCUCGCUUCUACGCAUGUGCACCUGGAAGAGUUAAUCUCAUUGGAGAACACAUUGACUACUGUGGAUAUGCUGUCCUGCCGAUGGCCCUUGAGCAGAGCAUCCUGGCAGCCGUUUCAGUGAACGAUUCAGGGAAAAUCCAUCUGGCCAACACAAAUCCUCAGUACCAGGAUUUCACAGUGUCCUGCUCAGAUGACAUCAUCAUCGACAGCAACAACCCAAAGUGGUUUUAUUAUUUCCUCUGCGGGGUCAAAGGCAUUCAGGAGACGUUUGGGAUCACUAGUUUAGCAGGAAUGUCGUGUGUUGUAGACGGAACGAUUCCUCCGAGCUCCGGUCUGUCCAGUUCAAGCGCCUUAGUUUGUUGUUCUGGCCUUGUAACAAUGGAGGCAAACCAAAAAUCCCUUUCCAAGGUGGCUCUAGCUGAGAUAUGUGCCAAAUGUGAGCGCUACAUUGGGACAGAGGGCGGAGGCAUGGACCAGUCCAUCUCUUUCCUUGCAGAGAAAGGAACCGCCAAGCUGAUCGAGUUCCAGCCUCUGAGGGCCACUGACGUCAAGCUGCCAGAGGGGGCUGUGUUUGUGAUUUCCAACUGCUGCGUUGAGAUGAACAAAGCUGCUUCUUCUCACUACAACAUCAGAGUGGUGGAGUGUCGCAUCGCCACCAAGAUGCUGGCACAGGCUCGAGGUCUGGACCCGAGCAGGUUGUUGAAGCUGGUUCAGGUUCAGACGGAGCUGAAGGCCUCCCUGGAGGAGAUGCUGGCCCUGGUGGAGGAGGUGCUGCAUCCCGAGCCGUACAGCCGCGAGGAGAUCUGCAAAGUUCUGAGCGUCACCUCGGAGCAGUUCUCCUCAGAGCUGCUGAGUGCCAACACUCAGCACUUAACGCACUUCAAGCUCCACCAGCGAGCCAAGCACGUGUACGGUGAAGCUGCACGGGUGAUGAGGUUUAAGAGCGUGUGCGACUCUGGAUCUGCUGAACGUGUAGAACUGCUCGGGGAGCUGAUGAACCGGAGCCACGAGAGCUGCAGAGACCUGUACGAGUGCAGCUGUCCUGAACUGGACCAGCUGGUGGACAUCUGUCUGAAGUCGGGGGCUGUGGGUUCUCGGCUGACGGGAGCCGGAUGGGGCGGCUGCGCCGUCUCCAUGGUUCCCAGUCAGAAGGUGGAGUCCUUCCUGCAAGCGGUCAGAGAUGCUUACUACACUCCUGACCCACAGCGGGCGGCGAUGGAGAAGCAGAGUUUGUUUGUAUCCAAGCCUGGUGGAGGAGCUGCAAUACUCCUGGAGGAGUGAAACACCUCCCUUGUUCUGUUUAUAUUCAAAUCUACUGAUGGAGGGAAAUAUGAUCAGCUUAUUUUUUAAUUCCUAUUAAGGAAAGGGAAAUUUCUAAUUUUUACUCCUUAUACAAGAAUACAA